AUGGAUGGCUUGAAUGUCUCCAUUGCUUUUUUCUUCCUGGUUGUUGGGCUGUGCCAGCUGCUCAGGUGGCUUUCCAAGAGGCUCCUGUCCCCAGGAGCACACAGCUGCCUUGCCAGGGAAUUUGCUGGCUCAUUCCAGUGGUGCACGAGCUGCCUGGAGCUGAGGAUGCUGAUGGAGAUUGGCCCCUGGGGUGGUGGCUUUGGCCUGGACGUGCUGCUGACCCUGCUCUUCCUCCUCUCCGCUGCCCACGGCGCCUCUUCCGACGGAGCCUCCGCCAACCCCACGGUGUCCCUGCAGGAGUUCCUGCUGCUGCACUCCAGCCUGGCAGCCACAGUGGCCGAGCUGCUGGGCCAGGCUGUGGGUGCAGGGACAGGCUGGGCUGUCACCCGGCUCUACUGGUCCUGGGAGCUGACACAGCUCCACUUCAUCCAGAACCUGAUCGCGCCCGAGUGCAGCUCCCCCAUCCGCACCUCCCUGCCCCACGCUGCCUUUGUGGAGGGCUCCUGCUCCUUCCUCUUCCACCUUGUGCUCCUCAAGGUGAGGCAGAGCCACCCCCUGUGCCGGGUCCCUGCGCUGGCAGUGACUGUCACCUUCCUGACCUACGCAGCUGGACCAUUCACGGGGGCUUUCUUCAACCCUGCCCUGGCCACAGCCACCACCUUCCAGUGCUCGGGGAGCAGCUUCUGGGACUACAUCCAGGUGUACUGGCUGGGGCCCCUCGCAGGGAUGCUCGCUGCCCUCCUGCUGUUCCAGGGCAACAUCCCACGGCUCUUCCAGAAAAACCUCCUCUACAGCCAGAGGAGCAAAUACAAGGUGCCCAAGGCAAAGGUGACAGCACAGCUGGAGGGUGACAAACCACAGAAGAAGAGGAAAGGGGGGAAGAGCAACUCAGAGCCCCAUGCCUGA